AUGCUGACUCACUUCAAAAGACUCUGCUCAGCCAUCGACGAUCUGCCUCUAGAGUUGGAUUUUGGAGUCGCGCAGCUUCCACAAGACUCUAGGGUCUCGCAAGAUUUGGAAUCCCAUUAUCUCUUGCGAUCCUUUGUGGAAUCGGCAUCUCAGGCGGAAGAUGAUGAUAGUCAUUCAAAUAUUAGGGAUGCUACCCCAAACACUUCAAGAAAGGCGGCAAAGCAGAUGCCUUGUACAGAAAUCGUGUUGCCGGGAAGAGUAUCACACCCAUCAAAACUACGGCCUAGCUACCAAAUUAAAGCAUCUAGCCCUAAACUUAGCCAUCGUUUUCUAGCGAACUCCCGUAACUAUCGUCAAUGAUUAGACUCCUUCUAGCAACACAUAACACUAACUUGCCG